UGGAGAAUACACAACCGCAUUAACGGUCGCUGCCGUGACGCGGAGACACGCGCGCGCGCCUUUCGAACGGAGAUGUCGCUGAGCUCUAGCUAUCUCAAGCUCCCGCCUUUACCUCCACCUCCACCUGCGCAACCCAACCCACCGAGCAAUGACCCGAAGGAUUGGAACGCGCUCAUCAAGCGCCACGCCAAGCUCAAGAACGACGGCGCGAUCCUCUCGGCCUAUGCCCGCAUGCUGUCCUCACGCGCGUCCCCCGACAGGGCCACGCUGCCUCUGGUGCUCAAGGCCUGCUCGAGGCUGAACGCUGUGGAACUCGGCAAGAGGAUCCAUUCGAGCGUUCUGGGUACGGGUUUGAUGGAGGAUGUGCGGGUGGCUACUGCUCUCGUCGAUUUUUACGGCAAGUGCGGGCUCGUGGGUGAUGCUCGGUAUGUGUUCGAUGGAAUGGCCGAGCGAGAUGUUGUUUCGUGGAACGCGAUGAUAAACGGGUAUGUGGGCGUGGGUGAUCAUGAGGAGGCGAUUUCGGUGUUCGUGCAAAUGGGGAGGCAGAGUGUGAGACCAAGCUCUCGUACUAUUGUGGCGUUACUUUUGGCCUGUGGGCCGGCGAUGGAGUUGAGGAUGGGGCAGGAAAUACAUUGUUAUUCUUUGAGGAGUGGGCUAUUUCAUGAGUACCCUCAUGUUGGAACUGCUUUAAUAGGUUUUUAUGCAAAGUUUAACUUAAAGGUUUUGCACAAUGUGUUUGAUAUGAUGGAGGUGAAGAACAUGGUUAGUUGGAAUGCAAUAAUCACGGGUUAUUUUGAAGCUGGUGACUGCUUAAUGGUUUUGGAGCUUUUUGUGAGGAUUCUAGAGGAUGGGGGCGAACUUGAUGAGGUCACCAUGUUGAUUGUGAUUCAGGCCUGCACAGAGCAUGGAUCUCUUGGUCUGGCAAUGCAAAUUCACCAAAUGGCUAUUAAGUCCGAUCUAAGUUGUGAUGUCUACUCAGCAAAUGCCUUGCUCCAUAUGUAUAGUAAGCUACAGAAACCAGAGUUUGCAUAUGAAAUAUUUAAAUCUGUUCGUACCUGUGAUGUUGCGCUGUGGAAUUCAAUGCUGUCAACGUACAUUGAUUUCUGCUGUCCUGAAGAAGCUCAGAGGAUGUUCUCGAGAAUGAUAGCAGAGGAUGUCAAGACAGAUGAAAGAACUAUUAUCGUCAUGUUGUCUUCAUGUGCAGACUUAGCAGAUGGGAUGAGAUUCGGUAGAAGUUUACAUGCACAUGUAAUUAAAGCGGGUAUGCUUAUGGAUGUUUCUCUCGGUAAUGCACUUUUGAAUAUGUACGAAGAGACCAAUUGUAUCGAAGCUGUUAAGAAGGCUUUCACUCAACUACCAGACGUUGAUGUAAUAUCUUGGAACACUUUAAUUGCGGCAUUGGCCAAUAGCAACUCCAAAGUUGAAGCAUUGGAAGUCUUUCUAAGGAUGCAUGAGUCCGAAAUCAAACCCAACUCGUAUACAAUUAUAUCAAUUCUUUCUUCCUGUGAUGACGCACCUUCACUCAACAUUGGCCGAUCUAUCCAUAGCUAUGUAAUCAAACAUGGCAUUGAUAUUAACAUACCCUUGAACACUGCACUGACAGAGAUGUACAUGAACUGUGGUGAUGAAGUGACAGCGGAGAAUUUAUUUGCCUGCUGCUCCAACAGAGACAUAGUCUCAUGGAAUUCUUUGAUUGCCAGUUACAUUAGAAACAACCAGACUCACAAGGCUCUGCUGCUCUUUAGACGUAUGAUCUCGGAAGUUGAACCUAACUCGGUCACGCUUAUAAAUGUUCUAUCAUCGUGUAUCCAACUAGCUGAUCUUCACCUAGGCCAGUGCAUUCAUGCUUACAUAACCAGGAGGGAAUCAUCUAUUGGUUCUGAUGCAUCUCUUGCAAAUGCUCUGAUAACUAUGUAUGCAAAAUGUGGCAGUCUGCACAAUGGUGAGAAAGUAUUCAACUUGAUUUGGCGAAGGAAUGUCAUCUCAUGGAAUGCUUUGAUAACUGGCUAUGGAAUGCAUGGCCAGGGAGAAGGCGCUAUAUCUACCUUUCUACAGAUGCUGGAAGAUGGUAUGAAACCAAACAGUGCAACUUUCGUAUCUAUUUUAUCUGCUUGCAGCCAUUCUGGAUUGAUAGAGGAGGGUUUGCUGCUUUUCAAUUCAAUGUUUUGCAAGUUUAAGGUGAACCCUGAACUUAUUCACUAUGGUUGUAUGGUUGAUCUUCUUGGGCGUGGUGGCUUCUUAGAUGAAGCUCUAAAAUUUAUCAAUUCAAUGCCUGUUGAAGCUGAUGCUUCAGUGUGGAGAGCUCUGCUCAGUGCUUGUCAAGUCCAUUCUAAUACCAAGCUUGUCAAGCUUGUCUUUGAGAAAAUCGUUGAAUUGGAGCCUAUGAAUGAGGGAAAUUAUGUUUUACUCUCAAAUAUCUAUGCUGCCGCAGAUCGUUGGUCAGAGGUCAGGCUUAUAAGGGCAUGGCUGAAAGAGAAAGGUCUAAGAAAACCUCCAGGAAUUAGUUGGAUUGUUACAAGAGAUCAAGCUCAUGUUUUCACUGCCAGAGAUCAAUCGCAUCCUAAGACGGAUUUGAUUUAUGCAAUUUUAAGUUCUUUGCUGUGCUCCAUCAAGGACGCUGGAUAUGUUUCUGAUAUUUAAUGGAUACUGCUUGAUGAAGAGAGUUAGAUAAACAUUCAGAGGAUCUGUUACACAUUGAUGAGUAGUUAAAUAUUCAAAGUCUCCUCAUAAGAUCUGCAAGUUCCUCAGACCACCUUGACAAUUAUUAGUCUUAGGAUGGAAGGUAGUGUUCAUGAUUUAUCAUCCCAUAAUUAGUGUGGCCGAACUUCAGGGCACCCUGCUACAAAUGAUAUCAAGCACUUGAAGUUUGUUGUAGAGCUCCUUCUAUGGGAAACCGUGCUUAUGAAGUUUGGAAAAGCUUCUUGGUAUUAUUCAGAACCGCAUGGAUGUUCAAAAGUUGAAGUUGAUGGUUUUAGGAGGGGGUGGCGUAAUCAGCUAUUAAUUCGGAUGCAUGAUUUCGCUGCUUCCUCUUUUUUGGCAUUACGAAGUAGAGGUUGGUGGAGUCGCUAUGUGCCUCUGACAGAAGCAUCAAGAAGCGGAGAAUGGAAUAUAGUAGGCGGUGGGUUGGGCCCCAGCGAUCUCUUAACCCAUGAAUGAAAGCUCAAGAGUGUAAGGCAUUCCUUUGAUCCCGGAUACGAUCUCUAAUGGGAAAGCGCCCAUGCCGUGUAUACAAGAGGAAAGGGUGCUUCCAAAAUCAUCCGUCUCAACCAUCAAUGGAACCAAACUUGCUGCCUAGAUCCACCAAAUGAGUCCACACCUAGUUUAGUCUCAUUUCACUCCUCCUUUCCAGUGGGAAUAUGUCGUAAGAGUUUAAACUACGAAGAAGCUGGCAGCAAUGUAUUUUCGGCAUGUGAGUACAAGCUCCUUAAUAAGAUGGCAGGAUGCAGGCUGGAAGCACAUCAAGGUAAUUGACGUAGAAAACUGGUGCUUAGAUGGAAUAUCAUGAUAACAGCACCGAACCUUCUGCCACAAAAUAAGAGCA